GCCAAAGGUCCCGCUGCAGAAGACUCUAGCCUCCUCCCCCAGGGUCCUGGGGCUGAGACCCGCCGCCCAGGGCCUUUUCUCUCACGGACAGGGCAGGAAUGUGCUAACAAGGCAGACACUGGCCUUGCCAUGAAGCUGCUCCUCCUGCCUUGGGUCCUGCUGCUGCUGGCGACGGUCCCCGGACCAGGACGCAGGCCUAUAGCAGGUGCCCAGGAGAGCUGCUCCCAGCGCUGUGGGGAGCGACAUGGGCUCUGCUCCUGCCACCCCACCUGCUGGGGCCUCAACACUUGCUGCAGUGACUUCCGAAACUACUGCCUGGACGUCUCGCCGUACUCGGGCUCCAUGAUGGGUGGCAAGGACUUCGCGGUGCAGCAUUUGAAGUGGCCCAACACCAAUGAUGGGGUCAUUUGCAGGUUUAAGGACAGCAUCCAGACCCUGGGCUACGUUGACCUCACAGGGCACGUGCACUGUGUGUCCCCGCUGCUGUACGAGACUGGCCGCAUCCCCUUCACUAUCUCCAUGGACAAUGGCCAUUCCUUCCCUUACAAAGGCACCUGGCUAGCUGCGCAUCCCUACAAGGUGUCAGACUUGGAAAAGGGCCAGCUGGUGAAUGAGACGCGCUGGCAAUAUUACGGCACCUCGGACGUCACGGGGAACCUCAGCCUCACCUGGGACAUCUCGGUGCUGCCCACCUCGGCCGUCACCAUUGAGCUGUGGGGCUACGAAGAGACAGGGAUGCCCUACUCCGAAAACUGGACCGCACAGUGGUCCUACCUGUACCCGCUGGCCACAGACGUACCCAACUCUGGUUUCUUCACCUUUAUUCCAAAACCUGCACCUCCCAACUUCCAGAGGUGGAAAGUGGGCGCCCUGCGGAUCGUCAGCAGCAAGAAUUACGCGGGAGAGAAAGAUGUGCUGGCCAUCUGGACCAAUGAUCACGCCCUGGCCUGGCACCUGGGCCAUGACUUCCGGACGGAUUCUGUGGCCUGGGCCCGCGCACAGUGCCUGGCCUGGGAGGCGCUGGAGGAUAAGCUGCCCAACUUCCUGAAGGAGCUGCCGGACUGCCCGUGCACCUUGGCGCAGGCCAGAGCCGACUCUGGCCGCUUCUUUACCGACUACGGCUGUGACAUCGAGCAUGGCAGUGUCUGCACCUACCACCCGGGGGCCGUGCACUGCGUGCGCUCCGUGCAGGCCAGCCCCAGGUAUGGUUCGGGUCAGCAGUGUUGUUACACCAAAGACGGGACGCAGCUCCUGACGGCCGACUCCACCAGCGGCAGCACUCCGGACCGCGGCCACGACUGGGGCGCGCCCCCCUACCGCACCCCACCCCGGGUGCCCGGCAUGUCUCACUGGCUCUACGACGUCAUCAGCUUCUAUUACUGCUGCCUCUGGGCACCCGAGUGCCCCCGCUACAUGAGGCGGCGACCCUCCAGCGACUGCCGCGCCUACCGGCCCCCGCGCCUGGCUUCCGUCUUCGGAGACCCCCACUUCGUCACCUUCGAUGGCACCGGCUUCUCGUUCAGCGGGCGCGGCGAGUACGUGCUGCUGGAGGCCGCCCUGACCGACCUGAGGGUGCAAGGGCGAGCCCAGCCUGGAAGGAUGCCCAACGGCACACAGGCCCGCGGCACCGGGCUGACCGCAGUGGCCCUCCAGGAGGGUAACUCGGACAUCUUGGAGGUGCGGCUGGCUGAUGGUUCCCGGGCUCUGGAAGUGUUGCUGAAUCAGGAGGUUCUCAACUUCUCUGAACAGAGCUGGAUGGACCUGAAGGGCAUGUUCUUAUCAGUGGCCUCUGAGGAUAAGGCAUCAGUCAUGUUGUCAUCGGGGGCUGGCCUGGAGGUCACUAUACAAGGUCCUUUCCUGAGUGUGGCUAUCCUGCUACCUGAAAAGUUCCUGACGCACACCAAAGGUCUCCUUGGGACGUUGAACAAUGACCCCACGGAUGACUUCACCCUGCGCGAUGGGCAGGUCCUGCCUCGGAACGCCAGCGCUCAGCAGGUGUUUGAGUUUGGAGCCGACUGGGCUGUGCGAACCUCCCUAUUCACGUACGACUCUCGGUUUUUGGUCGACAACUUCCUGAACCAAGACAAGCAUGACGUCAACUUCAAGCCGCUCUUCCCCAACGAGACCGGCCUCAGCCCAAGCCAGGCAGAAGAGGUCGCUCGACUCUGCGGGGGCGACCCUUUCUGCGUGCUGGACGUGGCAGCCACGGGGAGCCAGGGAGUGGGCAACGCCACCUGGGCUGCCCACCAGAUGCACCAGCAUCGCCUGAGGAGCCUGCAGCCUGUGGUGUCCUGCGGCUGGCUGGCCCCCCCUUCCAAUGGGUUUAAGGAAGGCCUCAGGUACCUGGUGGGCUCCUCUGUCCACUUCCGCUGCAGUAGUGGCUACAGCAUGACCGGGGCGGAGACCAGCAUCUGCCGGGCUGAUGGGACCUGGUCCACACCUACCCCGGAGUGCCAGCCAGGACGGAGCCACGCCGUGCUGUUGGGCGUCAUCUUUGGUGGCCUGGCCGUGGCGGCGCUGGUCGCUGUUGUCUACGUGUUGGUGCACCGCCGCAGGAAGGGCGGCAGGAGCACGUGGAGUUCCCAGCCCUGAGGCGGGAGCAUAGCUGAUCAUCAGUACUGGGCCAUGCAGGGGGCCGAGACCUAGCCUCCCAAGCGAAUCCCAGACGUCAAGCGCCCCAGUCCCACGACUCCCACGUUGCAGACCUGUGUCUCCCGUGCUGUGGACUGAAUGCUGGCGCCUGCCCCAUCACCUCCGACCCGAGGUGUGACGGCAGGCGUUCUGACUCCUGAGUUCUCUGCCGUCGAUGAUCCACGCCUGUUCCUAUAUUACUUGCUCAUGGCUGUAAUUCCUCAGACCUGACGGGCGUCCUCCCUGUCCCCCCCCCCCCGGCACCCCCAGAAAUGUUGUAACCGUGUAACCGUGUCCCAAGCCUAAUACUCCUGCACUGGAAACUCACAUUCUAGUCCCUCGCUCCCCAGAGCCCGAUAGGCUCCUGCCCUGCCUCCCGUGGGGAUGUGAGCCGCCUGGGUGCCUGUAGCCUGGGCCCAGCCUCAGGGCGAGGAGAGGACUCAGCCGGGAGCGAAGGGCGAGUUCGGACAUCGCCGUGUGCGGUUACGUUUCUACCUCUCUGGACCUCCUUUGGGAAUGCCUCUGGCUGUCUGUACAAAGAGAAAACAAGCUCUUAAUGUCUCUUUCCUA